CAUAUGGUAACAAACAAAAAUAUGUUAACAUAACAAAAAAUAAAAAGAAACAAGGUUUUUAGUGGGUUUUUUUUUGUAGUUGUGCAAAAUUCGCAGUAUCAAAAAAUUUAACACCAACAGCAUCAAAUUAAUAAUCCCAUCGCCAUGGACUCGGAUAAUGAUCAAGAUUUCUGUGACAAUGUCGAUUCGGGCAAUGUCUCAUCAGGCGACGAUGGCGAUGAUGAUUUUGCCAUGGAAGUGGAUAUGCCCAGUUCAACUGAACGCCAAUUGGAAACGGACGAUUACCAAUAUAAGGUGCUAACAACAGAUGAGAUCGUUCAACAUCAGCGCGAGAUAAUUGAUGAGGUUAAUCUGUUGUUAAAGCUAUCCACGCCUAUAACGCGAAUACUGCUGAAUCAUUUCAAAUGGGAUAAAGAAAAAUUACUGGAGAAAUAUUUCGAUGAGAGUGACGAUAACACCGAGGAGUUCUUCAAAUGCGCACAUGUCAUAAAUCCCUUCAAUAAACCAACCGAAGCGGUUAGACAAAGGACCACAAGAAGCCAGUGUGAAGAAUGCGAAAUAUGCUUCUCAUUGCUCCCGCCAGAUUCAAUGACCGGAUUGGAGUGCGGGCAUCGUUUCUGCCUAAGCUGCUGGCGCGAGUAUCUGACAACGAAAAUCGUUACAGAGGGUCUCGGCCAGACAAUUUCGUGCGCCGCGCACGGCUGUGAUAUCUUGGUGGAUGAUGUGACCGUUACCAAGCUGGUGCCCGAUGCUCGUGUUAAAGUCAAAUAUCAGCAAUUGAUCACCAAUAGCUUUGUGGAAUGCAAUCAAUUGUUGCGCUGGUGUCCAUCGGUUGACUGCACCUAUGCGGUAAAGGUUCCAUACGCUGAGCCCCGACGCGUUCAUUGCAAAUGCGGUCAUGUCUUUUGCUUUGCCUGCGGCGAGAAUUGGCACGAUCCAGUCAAAUGCCGUUGGCUAAAGAAAUGGAUCAAAAAGUGCGAUGAUGAUUCAGAGACAUCAAACUGGAUUGCGGCAAAUACCAAAGAGUGUCCCAAAUGUAGUGUGACCAUUGAGAAAGAUGGUGGCUGUAAUCAUAUGGUGUGCAAGAAUCAAAAUUGCAAGCACGACUUCUGCUGGGUGUGCUUAGGUUCAUGGGAGCCGCAUGGCUCCUCAUGGUACAAUUGCAAUCGCUAUGAUGAGGAUGAAGCGAAGGCGGCUCGCGAUGCUCAAGAGAAAUUAAGAUCAUCGCUGGCCAGAUAUUUACAUUACUAUAAUCGCUAUAUGAACCAUAUGCUCUCGAUGAAAUUUGAAAAUAAAUUAUAUGCAUCGGUUAAGCAAAAAAUGGAGGAAAUGCAACAGCACAAUAUGUCCUGGAUUGAGGUGCAAUUCCUGAAAAAGGCUGUCGAUAUACUUUGCCAAUGUCGCCAGACUUUGAUGUAUACAUACGUCUUUGCGUAUUAUUUGAAAAAGAACAAUCAAUCCAUGAUAUUUGAAGAUAAUCAAAAGGAUUUAGAAUCGGCAACAGAAACGUUGUCAGAAUAUUUGGAACGUGAUAUUACAUCGGAAAAUUUGGCUGAUAUUAAGCAGAAAGUGCAAGAUAAAUACAGGUAUUGUGAGAAACGUUGCACAGUUUUGCUCAAGCAUGUGCACGAAGGCUACGAUACUGAUUGGUGGGACUACACAGAAUGACGAGAGUCGUGGUUGGAUAAUUAAAGAACAUCAAGCAUAAAAUUAAAUUUUCAAAAGUAAAGUUGAGAAUGAGAAAUUCUGAAACAGAAAAAGGAGGAUUAGGCAAACGAUACACACACACAUACACACACACACACAACAACACACAACACAUAGAUGGAAAAACUUUACCGUUAACAUACAUACACACAACACAUGUUCACAUGGAAGAAAAACAAAUCUUUAAAAUAUACAAUAAAAUUAUAUAUAUAUAUACAUAUAUGUAUAUAUAUAAUGUGUGUAUAUAUAUAUAUAUAUAUAUAUAUAUAUAUAUACAUAUGUAUAUAUAUCUAUAUAAAUAA